UGGCGAAUGUUCAGGUAAAGGACAUGCUAAAAGAUGAACACAAAAGGAAUUAUGUUUCAUGUAAGAUCGCUCUUGAUAAAACAGGCGAGGCCGUGUUGCCUUUUUCGGAAGCCAAACUUAAAUAUGUACAUCAGCGAAUCUCACAACAAGUCGGAAAUCGAAUUAUUUGUCAAAACCAGUGCAGUAAUGGAAUACGAGAUGUCAACAGAUGGUGCAUCACCUGUGGUUUAUGGAGACAAGCAUUGAUAGGGUUUCAUACAAAUCCGAGGGAACUGGUAUGGCAUAAGCUUCAAUCAUGAGAAUGGCCGAAAAAUCACAUGAACCUAGCUGAAGUAUUUAUGCUGCAAAAUUGGGAUAAAGCUAACAUGAACACAAAUGAUUUAUCAGUGGCGUUGACAGUUACGAAAAAGUGCUCAGUCUUUCCACCCACAAUAUUGCCUUUGGCUGAUAAACUCCGAAAAAGCAGAAACAAGAUAGCUCACACAACAUCACUCGAUGAACAUGACAACCAAACAGUAUUUUAUAACAUAAAGCAGGUUAUUCAACAUGCAGAUGUGGUCAACUACUUACAGAAUCCCCACGAGAUACAAAAUAUCAUCAAUGACCUUGAAAAUGGUGACCUUUUUAAAUUUGAAAACGAGUUAAAAGAAAUAGUGAAGAACACGAAUGAAGUGAAAAAGAGACUGAUUACUCUUGAUACAAAGCUUAACAUGGUACAUGAAGACCAAUCGAAUACGUUUAGAACUAUUCAACGGAGUGUCAUAGCAACGUGUAUGGUCGCUUUGGCUGCUGUACUGGUGUCAGUAAAACCAGACUUGCAGAGGACCUUCAAAAUUUUACACUUUAAACCACCCAUGGAGAAAACGGGCUGUCUGCAGGAGUAUUCGCCUAUUUUUCCAAAAUCGCCACUGCUUGUGGAUUUCUUCAAAUAUCAUGGACCUCUCGUUGGGCGGAUAUGGAUGUUUAAGUUAUUAGAGGAAGAACUGAAAAAAACAAAGAAAAAUGGCAUCCUAUUGGAAGCUGACAUGGGUUAUGGGAAAUCCGCUGUUGCUGCACACAUUAUCUGUGCCAAAGAGGGUGACACAGGUAUAGAACUGAGAAAAAGGCUUAUUGCUUUUCAUGUUUGUAAAUUUGAUGUUAAGAAAACACACGACGCCGGCAUCUUUAUUCAACGACUAGUUUUAAUGAUCUCAAACAAUAUUCCAGAAUUUAAUGAGACUGUAAACGAAUAAUGUUUACAUUCCUUCAAAACCGGUCAAUGUGCCUCUGAUCCGUUUGGUUGCAUUGACGAAUGCAUUAUUUUCCCUUUAAAACGAACGAAUAUAACUGAUGGAAGUGAAUAAUACAGACUCAUAAUAAUCGAUGCUUUGGAUGAAUGCCAUGAAACAUUUUCGUUUGAAAAAAGUAACAAAAUUUUCAAUCUCAUGGAACGCCGUGCACAUAUGUUACCAAGUUGGAUCAGGUUGCUCGUAACGAGUAGAAGGCUACCACGUAAUGGAAGACUUAAAUACAAUUUAGUUAGAACUUACUUUCAUAACCUUGAAACCCGGAAUUUAAAUGACAUAGAUCUAUAUUUAAACCAGUCUUUUAGAGAAAAAAGCGUUACAAUUUUCCAGCUUGCUGUUAAUGCUGAUUAUACAAAACCGAACCAGAUAAGUAAUUUGAGGAGAUAUUAUCAAGACCAGUUUGAUAGAUGGUAUGAUCACGGGUUCGAUUUUUCGAACUCGAUUUUGGAAGCCUUGGUGACGACUUAUCUUAAAAAAACUCCAGAUAAUAUACGUAACGUGAUUUCUUCAAAUGCUGUCAACAAGUUAUCACUUUCCAUGUUUGAAAAGGAGCUAUCCAUUAUACAACAGUUCACAAAUAUUAUUGAUGGCGAAAUUGAGUUCAAACAUUUUUCGUUGUUCAAGUGGCUUGAAGAAGAGUGCCCCGAUGAGAAAUAUAGACUAUCCCUUUCAAAUGGUCAUCA